AUACUUCCAUCGUUUACGAAAAAAACUUCGCUUCCUGCGAGGUAGAAGUUGGUUGUCGGCGACGAGUGUCAAGGCAGUUUUGGCAAGUUUACCAUUUCAGACUUGCCUUUUUGUUCUUGAGCCGAGUCUACACAAGCAUGGCAAUUUGAAACGACAACGAUUACUCUUGGCAUGGACUUUACUGAGCUAAUUUGGCGGCCAUUUUUUGUUGGUAUAUAGAACUUGUAAUGGCGUGAAUUCAAGGACGAAUAUUGUACCAGCUUCCUCGAACGUUUCUGCGAUUUAGGAAAACUAGAACGGUAGGUUAAGACCUGAGCCGUUAGUGCGUUUUGUUGAAUUGUCAUUAGUCUUUAGGAGUCUUCUGUCGGUGUUUUACGAACACAAUGCUUUGAGUUUGUACAUUUAAGCAGCGAACACUACAAAUUUGACGCUUUCUGGCGAAAGAAGCUUAUAAAGAAUCCGGAAACAGCCUCUCUGCGAUGGCCACAAGAACCGAAUACGGCAAAGAGAACAGAUUUCGAGCUCGAAAAGAGGUGCAAAGUCGCACGAAAGGUGAUAGUGAAAACACUAAGAGUCAAAGCUCAACAAUAGUUACUCGCAAAAAUAUUAUUGACACUAAAACAAAACGGACAACAGGCAGUCCAGGCACUGGAGACAUUAAGGAGGAGAAACACAAAGCGUACAACAAAUUUGGCGCUCCUCCUAAGAAGGUAAUUUCGGCUGAUAAAGCUUUUAUCUCUCCCCUGAAAAGCGACAAUGUUGCACGUAAGACCCGCGAAGAGAAACCUCGCGUCCCGCGAAAACCCGCAGCGGAGAGCGAACCUGCGAUUGAUAACAGUAAGAGCAAUACAGAAGAGGAAAGCAAACCGAAUGUUAGCAAGUUGAAACACAUUUUUGACGAGACAAUUGCAAAUGAGACAAUCAAGGCACAACAGAAUUUCAGAAAGCCCAGACCUAUUUCAGAAGCCAUUGAUCGCUUGAAGUUGGAUCAUGGUAAUGAGGCAACUCAAGCUGAGUCACCAGGAAGACCCUGGUCCUUGCCUAAUUAUUACAAGAAAACUUUACCUCCCACCCCUAAUCACAAGCCACAUGUGUCUCAGGGUAUUGCAGCAAGAAGAGCAAUGUUUGAAAGUGGCGGCUCAAAUGAAGAUGUGUCACGGAAGGAAAAGAGAUCGCCAAGUUUGCUUGAUCUUGUCCCAGAUUUGAAAGAUCUGGACAUCAACUCGCUAGGCAAAAAUGAACAGUUUUCUUCACCAAGAUCUCGCACACGAUCUGAUCCAGGCACGAAGCGGCCCAUGUACUUCAUAAAAUCACGCAAACGCUAUCUUUCUGAUACUAAAGCCAUGAAUGGAGAGUAUCAUGGAACAGUUGACAAGCUGGGCCGCUCUCACGAUGACUCGGUUUUGCACAAUCCACCAGCUUACAGCAGGCGCCUUUUUAAGUCACAUAGCGUUGAUCACAUGAUACAGGGCUCAUUGCUAACACCUGAUAAAGAGUCAGAGAAAAAUGUUGAAAGUUUAACCAGUCAACCACUUUCAUCCACAAAUAAUCAAAAAGAAGAAAAAUUACCUCUGUCUCCUGAGGAUGAUCAAGCUAAAACAGCUGUGAAGUCUGUUAAUCAGGAUGAAUCUCCCAGUGUUAAGACAGGACUGAGGUUUCAACGAAAGGAGGUACCCAAAGACGACUUCUUUGAUGAAACCCCUGGAAGGGUACGCGAAGCAUCUUGGAAAGAUGAAGAGAUUCCACAAGAAGAAUCUGCGCAGCUAGAAUCGGUACCUAACGCUCAAUAUGAUUUCACGGCACGACCUGAUUCAAAACCUCAGGAAGAGAAUAAAAUGCAAGAAGCUCUUUCUCACCCAAAGCAUGACAGUGUUUACUUCCAUGAUCGUAAAAGUGAAGAAACCCCCUCACGUAAUGAAGAAACUGAAAGCUCAGGUGAUGAGAGUACUGGUAGUGUUGUGGAACACAGCGAUGUAGAUGAAGAUUGUGCUCACACCCAAGCAGUGUCUCCUGUGUCACUGCUGUUUACAGCCAAGCCAUUAACAUCAGCUUUAGCAGCUAAAGAAAAGGAGAAAAAGGGGAAAAGAUCAGUUGGAUUUGCUGUGGACACCAACAAAAUGUUUCCAACAUACAGUGCUGAAGAAUAUGACAGAGCUAACGAUAACAUUGAUCCUGUUACUGCAUCGGCUGAAUGGGAGCUAGAGAAAAGAAUUGAAAAGAUGGACAUUUUUUCUGUAGACCUAGGAAAAGAUGAGAGAGGGCUGGGGUUGAGCAUCAUAGGCCUUGGUGUUGGUACAGACACAGGGGUGGAGAAGCUGGGGAUUUUUGUCAAGUCACUCACAGAGGGUGGGGCAGCGGCAUUGGAUGGAAGAAUACAGGUGAAUGAUCAGAUUAUUGAGGUGGAUGGAAUUUCUCUUGUUGGAGUAACACAGCAGUUUGCUGCACAGACUUUAAAGAAUACCAGUGGGAUAGUAAGGUUUCUUAUGGGCAGAGACAAGAGCCGAGCUCACUUACAUGUAUCACACAGAAUUGACCCAAAUCUGGAACAGCAGCUUGAAGAUCUUAAACAAAAGUUGAUUGAGGCAGAAACAAAAGCAGAAGAAGCAGAGAAUAGAGCUUCACUGGCUGAGAAAAUGGUUCAGCUACAAAAAAACAUCCCAAAACCUGUAAGUGUUAUCACAUGNUGCUUCUGUUCACCAGAUACAUCCAACAAACAUAAUGUCAAAGAGCUGGAAAAAAAACUUCAACAAGCAACUUCAGAGAAAGAAUCAAAACAGAAGGAAGAGCACAUCUCAACCAUUGUAUUUAGGAAAGAGGAACAAAAAACAUUGUCAGCUGGUAAAGAGAGAGAAGAAGUCCAAGAGCAAGUAAUUGAGAAUGGACUCGUAUCUGAAGUGGAGAAAGCACUAUCAAAUUUCCAACUUACUUGGGAUUCACAAAGAAAAGAAGAUGCAAUAGAGCCUGUAACAGAGAGCAAGUCUCAGGAUGGUGUGGAUCUUAACUGUGUCCCAGAGACUAAGACACUUAGCAAUGAUUAUCUUCUGGAAAAGAAAAGACUCGCUGAAGCACAACAAAAGAAACAUAAGCCAACUCGUGCAAGCUGGGCAAAAUCUCUGGAUGAUGACAAUGAUAUGUUUGGAGAUCAUGAGUUAUCUGAUGAAGAUGAAGAGGAGGUAUCCUCAAAGAAGAAUACCUCAGAAAAUGAGGGGCACAGAGGCCCUCCAAAAGGUCCAGGGCUCGUUCUUCCAUCUUUUCCAGUUGGAGGUUUCAAACUUCGCUCCACAGGGAAAAACCUGUAUGACGAAUCAGCAAGCAAGGGCAGCGAUUCACCUCCUGAGGAGAUCCGGGCAAGCUUCCCUCUGUCCCACAAGGAGGAGACACGUAACAUUGUGGUAGAGAAUCUUCUGGAGAAGCAGUUGUCAAAGGCUGACAUCAAAGUAUCAUCUAUGCCGACUACGGCACUUGAUAGGAUGGACAGAGAGACGCCUGAGCCUGUAGAUGAGGAGGAUUCUGAGUGUUUCUCAGGAUCCACAAACUCUUUGGAUGAGAUUGAAGAGGCCACAAGAAGGAUUGACUCAGACCUAGCCUCAUCCCAGGCUUCCUCUCGUGGCUCCUCCCCAUUCCUCCCUCCAGCCAUGCCUCUGUUACAAAUGAAGAGUGUUCCAGUAAUGGAGUCAUACAAUGAAGCUGCUAUUGAUGUCCCACCUGAAUUACUUGCCGCUAGUGGACAAACAGACUCGGCAAGGAGCUCUCCAGGUUUAGUGUCAAAUGUUGAUGGACAGUCACCAGUCACUAGUCCCUUGUCAGACAUGCAGUCUCCUGGAGCAGUUCAACUGAUCUCAGACUGGGACACAGACCAGGUGGGUGACAGAAAGACAAACCAACCACAUGACUAA